AGUAUUUUUAAUAAGACGUUUACUUACACGGCAGCAGCAUGAAUGAGACUACAGGCUACAGCAAGGAAGUGGACUGCGUUUGGGGAUCCGUCGGAAUUGUAUUUUGUUGUUUCUCUGUUAUCGCGAAUGGUCUGCUGGUGUAUGUGUUUGUUGCACUACGGAGAAAGGAGUCCGUUACUGACAUUAUCUUCUUACAACUAGCUACUCUAGACUGUUUGAGUGGGAUCGCUGGUCUUUUCGGCUCAAUAUUCUUAGUGAACGAGAGGAAAUGGUUUGAAGAUGACAAGUCCGUCCUUGGAGACGUUAUAUGUUAUCCUACCGGUAUGCUGUGGAACAUGGCAUCCCUGACUACACCUCUACUCCUGGGAAGUGCCAGUAUUGGACGCUUCCUAGCUGUGUACUGCCCCUUCACUUACGAGAAAUACUUCAAAUCUAACGUUGUCAAGGGAAUGAUUAUCUACUGUUGGAGCCAUGGUUUCAUCGGGGCUGCCAUCAGCUUCGCUGGACCAAAUAGAGACGUGAAAGCAUACCAAAUGUUUGUAGAUUGGGGCUACUGCGACCAGACAAUAUUUGACUCAUUUAAUAGCGAUGCUGUUAGAAAAGUGAUCUACAUAGCUCUGUUUACGGUUCCAGUCAUAGUGUCUUGUUUCCUUAUUAUCACCUGUAAUAUUCUGGUUGCUGUCAAGAUCCUGGUCAUGAAGAACCAAUCUCGCAAGCAAAAGAAGAAGAAGAAGAAGCAAACCAGCUCCUGCCACCAACCCUCCAUCCUAAUGAGAAACGCUCUCUCUCGCAUAAGAUCUAUUAAGUGUGGGGAGACGAUUAAAUUAAGCAAGAAUUGUAACCAAGUAGCAAUAAACCCCAUAAUAAGCGGCUCCCCAGCUGAGGACAGUCCUAAACCUCCUCCACGGGAUAAGAAGGUUCUCAGACAGAGAAGGAAGGAGAACCAGGCUAUACUCAUGACUAUUCUACUCUCCUGUAACUAUUUCAUCUGCUAUAUUGAAAUAAUCCACUAUUAUGUCACUGUCUCAAUCGGUAUGGACUGGGAACAAUCUUACGUCGUUAUUUUUAAAAAUGUGACCUAUGUUUAUCUUUGGUACUACUUUUCUCUGUUUUUUGCUUCAGGUAAUAAUGCUAUCUUACACUUAUGUUUCAACCCAAAUGUCAAGAGAUUUGUUAAGAGACUAUUUUUUGGAUCUGACAGAGUCCCAGUAACUCUUAAUUCAUCUAUAUAACAUGGUUACAUUCCUAUUACUAUAACUUGUUAACGAGGUCUGAUCGUCAUCUUCUUACAGUAUUGCUGUACAACUACUACUAUAACUUAUUACUAUAACUAACAAUAUUUCUUGCGCUGAAUUGUAAAAACGCUACUGCUAUCUGUGGGCUGCCUUUGCAUUUUCGCACUUUACAUCAAUUGUUUGAAAGGGGUAUUAGCUAGUAUUACUAAUAUUAUAACUAAUAUUAUUACUUUCUACCCCUAAUAUAUUUAUAUUAUAGUAUACGCUGUACACUGUUAAACUAUUCUUGUUU